AUGGGGCUGCGCAGGAAGAAGCACGGUGACUCGUGCGACUGUGCGAUCUGCGAGCGAGAGCGCCCCAAGCCCACCUACAUCUCCCUCGACGAGGACUUCUACCACCUCAGUACGCCGAUCGAUGCCGCCGACUUCGACGCAUUCGGUUCUGAGUGCGUCGCCGACGUGACUGACCUCGGACUCUCGUUGCACGACCUACUCACCUACGCUUCCGUGGUUGCCAACUUCGUCACCGAGCAGGGCGUCCGAUUCUGCUUCCCGCUGGGCCCGCCCACGAGUAGCCGCAAGCGCAUCGAACUCGUGAAGGACACCAAGAUGGGCUUGUUCACCGUCGGUGGCGCGCUAUGGCGCCGCAUUGAAGGUGCGGGCCUUGAUCCACGUGUUAUCCUGGUGUCGAGCGAAGAGAAGUUCAAUUCCUCGUCUCUGUUCUCGGCACACGCCGUUGCCGGCAUGUUUCUGUGGUGGAAAAUUUGGAAGAAGGAGCAGUACGCAGCUUCCGAAAAGAAGCGGGAGAUGUACGUAACUGUCGUCAGCGCUGGUCGCGCCAGCCGGCGAUAUGUCUCCCUCCCUGUGCAGCAUCAUCCGUUCGAUCAGAGCACAUACCAGUCGCAGUUGCCGGUAGUCUACGGGAAUACCCGGUUAUCGAUCACGGUUGGCGCCCUGUCAGCGACUCUCCUGCCUGUCGAAACCUUGAGUAGUGCGCAGCAGACUUUGCUCGAGCGAUACUACGGCCAGUCAGCAGCGGGGCAGUUUCUGUCACCAACGGAGGACCCUCAUCUUGCCGCAGGCGGUUACCACGCCUCCUCUUUCUCCUGGUAUCGACUUGGUCAGAGGGCAGUCGUGGACGAUUACUGGGCGGCGAGAUAUGGCAAGGCAGCGUUGCAGCCAAAGGUCAGCAGCAGUCGCGAGAGCCUGGUGGUGAGAAACAUUCCCGAGAGACAGCAGUCCAUCGACUCAGGAAUCGUCGAAGGCGCAAGGAUCACGGAUCCUGCCCGACAGCGUCGCCCUCCCGAGCCACCAUCGCGACCCUCGGUAUCGUCGCUGCCCGAGAUCUCCGAACCGAGAAGCCGGCUAGACGUGGCGGAAGCCGGGAUCAGGCUUGCAGAGACUCGUGCCCUGGACGAGAAGGCUCGCUUGCGCAGCCAGGGCGUCCAGCACCCCAAGCCUCGCGCUUUGUCAGACGUUGAGCGUGACGAAGACCUUCGCAGAGAGCUAAGACGGGUAGAGCAAGAAGCGUGGGAGAGACACCUUGAGGAGCUGCGAUGGCAGGAGAAGAAGAGCAUUGAAGAGCGCCGAAACUUCGAAGAGGCGUACUGUCGCAAAUCCCUGGGCGAGGCUUCAGCCAUGACACAGAGACAGUCCUCCAGCAACUCGGCUUCCGUGCGCCAGAACAGCUAUCCUGACACAGCCCUUAGCCCCAUGGCGAGCCGGCAAUCCUGCGAUGCACGAGUUCCUCCUUGGCAGGAAACCCCUCCUCGCAACGCCCCAAGCCGGGAGUCCUACGACUCGCGCUUGAGUCACAGACUCCAAGAUUCUCUCGCUGCGCCGUCGCCGGAAAGCGAUCUGCGUCAGACGAACAAUCAGCAAGGGCGUCAGACACAAGCAGGCGAUACUGAGACCCAGCGCUUACAUGACCAUCGUCAUCGUCAGGUAUCAUUUGAGCAACGACCACCCUCAAGCUCCGGCGGAUCACAAUCCUCCGCCCAUCGGACCGCUCCAGACAUGUCGAAAGCCACCCUGGCCUGCCUUCUGCUGGCGCACCUACUUCACAACACUGGAGGUGAAAAUGAACAGGACGACCCCAGCCACGGGGCUCCCUCGAGCAGCAGAGCUCCCACUCAAGUCGAGGUGACCAGCCCAAUCCACCGGACGUCCAUCGACAGCUAUCGCCAAUACGCCUGCGACGACCCUGAAGCGGUCGACCUCGAAGACGGGCCGUUCCGGACUUCGCCAGUGCAGCGAAACGGUACUGUGCGCCUCAAUCGUCCCGGUGGCCCAAGAGAUCCGCGCCGACCUUCUGGUCACCGGUCCUCGUUCUCCAGUUCGAUCGCCCCGAGCGAUUCGAUCUCUGUCGUCUCGGGAGUGGAUAGGGAGAACUCACGUCGGGCUGCGACGCCACCCACACCUGCAUUUGACGACCCUCCUGAGAGUCAGCUACCUCCUCCAUCGCCGCCUGUCUCAACCGCUCGGUACGCAUUCGAAAGCCGGACGUCCCUGGCGAGUGCACCCCCAGGGUACCACAGUAACAUAGACGUUCAUCAGCACCACCCAGCUCCGCCGUCAGUCAUUCCAAUCAGCCCUCCUCCACAGUACUCGAUAUCCACUUCGUCAGACCCAACGAGACCGAGGAAGCCGACGACAAUGUAUCAUAACUAUCGCACAGCCCCUGUCCUUCCCCGACCCGACGACCACACGACAGAGGACUGCAAUGUACAAUAG